AUGGUCCAAAAUCCCUUCAUGGUAGAUCCAACGGUUGGAUCUCCCACUAGAUCUCCACAGAGACCUGGUCUUACAAGAUUUCAUACCAAUAAUAGUAGUAACUGGGAUCAACGUAGCUAUGAAAGUUACGAUGAUGAUAACUACAACUCAAAUAAUUUUCAGGGCUUACCUCAUGCGGUGCCUCAAUCUCCAUCAAAAGCUGCUCUGAGAUAUUCCCCAGAACGUCGUCAAAGGACACAAUUUUACCGUGAUAGUAAUCACGGUUCACCAGUUCACCCAAGCAGAUAUCCUACUAAUAUCCACGAAUCGCCAGUAAGGGGCAAUGAUGCAACUUUACAGCUGAGAGAUGGUUCCAAUCAUGCAUCUCCUUUACAUCAAAAGUACAGUUACGAAAGAGUUCCUGUAAGAGAUGACGAUACUAUGCCUAUCAUCAAUAAUGUUUUCGCAGAUAGUUAUCAACAAAGUAGUGAAGAUCCUGUUUCUAGUUAUUAUUCAGAAAAUAUUCCACCAAGUAAAAAGAGUAACAACUUAUUCGGGACAGCAUCGAGAGGUUUUUCGCAAGGAUCAAGACUUACUAUGUCUACUGGAUCUACAGCAGCUUCUUAUGAAGCUGAGAAAUACCGUAAAUCAUUUGAUGACAACUCAACCAUAAACUCAGAAAAUACAUUUAAUGAAACAAGAUUUGAAUUGAAUCACCCGAUUCGUAGAGACUAUGUCAGACGUGCCAACUCAGAAAGCAAGAGAAGAGAUAUCCCACAUGAUGUAGCCCAUAAAAAGGCAAUGUUGAAGUUAGAUAAUCCAAUUCCAAGAGGUUUGUUAGACACAUUACCAAGAAGGGACAGUCCUGAGUUCACUGAAAUGAGAUACACUGCUUGUACAGUAGAGCCAGAUGACUUUCUAGAGGAAGGAUAUUCCCUCAGAUUUGCUGAAAUGAAUCGUGAGUGUCAAAUUGUAGCAUGUGUGACUAUGUACAAUGAAGACAAAAUAUCUUUAGCCAGAACAAUCCACUCUAUAAUGAAAAAUGUCGCACAUUUAUGUAGCCGUCAGAAGUCUCAAGUUUGGGGGAAAGACAGCUGGAAAAAAGUUUCGGUUAUUUUAGUUAGUGAUGGUAGAGCUAAAGUCAAUCAGGGUGCAUUAGAUUAUUUAGCCGCCUUGGGUGUCUAUCAAGAAGAUAUGGCAAAGGCCUCUGUCAACGGUGAUCCAGUUAAGGCACAUAUAUUCGAAUUGACAACACAGGUUUCCAUUAAUGCUGACCUUGACUAUGUUUCAAAGGAUAUAGUUCCUGUCCAAAUGGUCUUCUGUCUGAAAGAAGAAAAUAAAAAGAAGAUCAACUCUCAUCGUUGGCUUUUUAAUGCUUUUUGUCCUGUUUUACAGCCAAACGUUGUGAUGUUAAUUGAUGUUGGUACCCGCUUGAAUGAUACUGCCGUUUAUCAUUUAUGGAAGGCUUUUGAUAAUGACUCUAAUGUGGCAGGUGCAGCUGGCCAAAUUACAACUAUGACUGGUAAGUACGGUAAAAAGUUGUUGAAUCCCCUCGUCGCUUCCCAAAAUUUCGAAUACAAAAUGUCAAAUAUCUUAGACAAGCCCCUGGAAAGUCUUUUCGGUUAUAUUACAGUUUUACCUGGUGCUCUUUCAGCUUAUAGAUAUCGUGCUCUUCAGAAUCAUGCCGACGGAACUGGACCAUUGAAGUCUUACUUUUUGGGGGAAACUCAAGAGGGUAGAGACCAUGAUGUUUUCACAGCAAAUAUGUAUCUAGCAGAAGACAGGAUUUUAUGCUGGGAAUUGGUUGCUAAGAGGGACGCAAAGUGGGUUCUUAAGUAUGUCAAGGAAGCCACAGGUGAGACAGAUGUUCCGGAAGAUAUUCCUGAAUUUAUUUCUCAAAGAAGACGUUGGUUAAAUGGUGCGAUGUUUGCUGCUCUUUAUGCCCAAUUGCAUAGCUUCCAGAUAUGGAAGACAAGACAUUCCAUAACUCGUUUGAUUUUCCUACAAAUAGAAUUCUUCUAUCAAUUUAUUCAAGGGAUUUUUUCGUGGUUUUCUAUUGCAAAUUUGGUUUUAACUUUCUAUUAUCUAGCAGGAUCUGUUAAUAACGUUUUAAAACAUGGCGAUGUCUUAUUCAUAUUUUUAAAAUAUCUGAUAUUUUGUGAUUUGGCCAGUUUAUUCAUUAUUUCUAUGGGCAAUAGACCACAAGGUGCCAAGCCUUUGUUUUUGAUAUCUAUGAUUAUUUUAACUUUUUGUGCAAUUUAUUCAUUGGUCUGUGGUUUUUACUUCGGGAUCACUCAAUUGGACUCAAAAGACACAAGUUCAGGGGCGGCUUUCAACAUCAUCGUGUCUAUCUUAUCGACAUAUGGUUUAUAUGUCUUUUCCUCUUUCAUGUACUUAGACCCAUGGCAUAUUUUUAGUUCCUCUAUUCAAUAUUUCCUGACAUUGCCUGCAUUUACAUGUACUUUGCAAAUUUUUGCAUUCUGCAAUACUCAUGACGUUUCUUGGGGUACUAAAGGUUCUCAUGAACAAUCUAAACCAUUGGCCAAGGCUAUAGUUGUUCAAGGCCCAGAUGGCAAGCAAAUCGUUGAAACAGAUUGGCCACAGGAAGUUGACAAAAAAUACAUGGAAAUUAAGAGCCGCUUGAAGGAGGUAGAGUUUGAAGAAAAGAUUGUGGAUGAGGCAGAGAAACAAAAUGAUUAUUAUAGAGAUAUAAGAUCAAGAAUUGUUAUGACUUGGAUGCUUUCAAACUUGAUUUUAAUUAUGGCUAUAAUUGAAAUCUUCAAGCCGGAAAAUACAAAUAACGGAUAUCUGUUAUUUAUCUUAUGGUCAGUUGCAGGCCUUGCAUUAUUUAGGUUCAUUGGUUCUAUGGGUUUCUUAGUCUUUAAAUACGUAAGAAUGCUUGUUAAGUACAAAAACAAGGCAGAAAAUCGUGGAUCAUGGGGCGUCAGAAAUAUCAUGCCAACUAUACCAUUCAGUAACAAAGAUUGA